CAUAUGAAUUCCAUACCUCUCCUUCCUAGCCGGCGGUUCGAAUGAACAGGUGCUUUGCAAGUGUCCAACACGGCCGCAAUGGAAGCAGAAACUGGGCAAAGACAUCCGCCUCCAGCACUUGCCCAAUGGCAGUGGAAAUCAUCUUCUGUCCAAAUUGCUUGGUACAGCAAUCCUCUUUCACUCCCCAUAUCUGGAUGCGAAACGGUGCUACCGCCAGAUCAUCAAAGAUGCUUCGAGUGAUGUUGGGCAGCCAAGAUCUAAGCACCAGGAGCUUGUCGUUCACAACCCACGGGGAGCGCUUCAAUACCCAAAUCUUAGCUUCUUCACUAGGCAUCACAAAUUCAAACAGGCCAUGUUUGGCCUGCGUAACUCGGAUUUGUCCCCUUCCCACCCAUGGCGUGUUCACACCCUCUCUGAGCUCCCCAGGAGUGAUUCGAGCAGUGGAGAACACCCUCCCCAGCAAGGUACGUGCCGCUCGGAAUCUUGUGGAUUGGAUUUCUUCAAGAGAAAACUGCACCACCUGGUCUUCGUUGAUACGUGCCAUCUCCGGAACCUGCGAAAUCACCAAUGGUGCUGGCAAGUUAGGGGAA